AUGGUAGGAUCGAUGCUACACGAGUGCGGGCGCCCGAGGAGCACGUGCGGGCUCCUCGGCGGCACGUGCGGAGGUGGAGGAGGCGCCACGUCAUCCUCGUCGUCGUCGUUCUCCAUUAGCAAUCUCUUCCCCUCCUACGCUCCUCCUACUACUAGUAAUAGUACUGGUUCUAGUAGUGGUGGCGAGGGAGAGGGAUUGUCGUCCUACGUGGACUGCACCCUGUCGCUGGGGACGCCCUCGACGCGCCACGCUGGCGCGGGCCCGGGCUUUGGUGGGCCCGGCCCGGCCCAGCCCCCGUCGAGCUUACAAUGGGACGUAAUGGGCCGGCCCAAUAAGCAACAGUGCUGUGGCGGCGGCGGUGGCAGCGGCGGGUUUUCGAAAGGGAACGGUGGGGACGCGCCGCGCAGGUGCGCGAACUGCGACACCACCUCGACUCCCCUGUGGCGGAACGGCCCACGGGGGCCCAAGUCGCUGUGUAACGCGUGUGGGAUCCGCUACAAGAAGGAAGAGAGGCGCGCCGCGACAUCGUCGGCGGUGCCGCCGCCACCGCCGCCGCCGCUGCAGCAGCAAUGGGGUUGCUACGGGGCGGCAGCGGCGGCGUCAAAGGGCGCGGUGUCGAUCGCGAUGUACGGCGACGAUGGGGCCGACUCGUGGCGGCUCAACGCUGCCGCCGCCGCGGCACAGGCGCCGCAGUUCCACGUCCGGGACUGGCCUAGUCUCUUCCAGUAUAAUUAGAACGAAAAAUGAUGUAACGCAUGAUGAUGUUGUUGUUGAUUAAUGAGCUUGUUUAAUUACUUAGAUUAGAUAUA